UCUUGCAAUGCAUCAACAUAGACAACAUGGUGGGUAACAAGAGAAGAAAUGUGAUUUUCACCUAUAACUACCAGGAGAGUUCACCCCCUCAUCGUCUCGAAAUGAGCAUGAGUGUCUUGCCAGAUGGCACUUGUGUUUACUGUCAUGUUGUCCCACCAGUCCCUGCUGCUGUAACUAGAGGCAGCGGUGGGGUGCAUCCAGUGAGUUUGUCAGAGUUCAAAAAACUGGGGAGGCCGAGGAAGUGUGAACUCUUCAAGUAUGCGCCAGUUGGAGUGACAGCUUGCACUACAUCACCAUUGCCAGAUGGGUCUGUGGAUGGUGCUGGUACUGUGGGGAUUGUGUCGCCGGUUGUUGCAAUUGCUGCUUUGGGAUCUAAACAGAAUACUUUUAUGCCCUAUAUUAUUGACAUAAAAGCCGGGCAGGACAUAUCGUCCAUUUUAGGUUUGUUUCGUGAGAAAGGACAUCUAUGUGUCCUUCCAGCGAACGGUGUGGUAUCCCAGGCGGUGCUUCACCAGGCAGAAAGCUCAGUAGCAGUAUCUUACGAGGGCCGCUUCGAGAUACUGCUGCUCUCUGGGUUAUUGCCAAGGAGCAAGGGCGCAUGCAGAGAGAUUGCGCUCAGUGUGAUGCUAGCUGGAAUAAAUGGCAAGGUCUUUGGAGGUCGGCUGGCUGGCCUUCUCAUCACAGCAUCACGCGUUCAGUUGGUCAUUGGCUGUUUCGCCUCCCAUUGGUAUGAUGAGCUGUCAAUUGGAGCGAAAAGGGUGAAGAUGACAAGUCCUGUCAACCCUUCACGAAAUCAGCUAGAUGUUUCCAGAAUUCCUUACAAGCAAAAGAGAGAAUGGAGGAGAAAAAGGAGUCUCAUGUAUAAUCUCAUAUAA